GAGAGCUUAGCUCCCAUGCAUCCCAGCUCUACCCCAGCCACCCACCCGCCAGAGAUCACCACAGCUCGGCCCCCAUUCUCACGCUUUUCAGAAUAAUGUGAGUUGAGGAGCGACCAUGUCCUUCUCAUACGACCGCUAUGACCGCCGACAGCCGAGCUCGCGCCGCCGCACCACCCUCGGCUACUGGGUGCCUCUCGCCUUGACCGUCACCGUGGCGACUGCCGGCAUCGCAGCCUGGGUCUGGAGCGAACGCCGAGACACCGACGACGACGAUGGAAACGAUUCCGAUCUUGUCUAUGGCGAGGACAAGCGUGACUUGCCACCGGAGGUUCCUCCGCCCACAUAUAGAGGAGUUGAAGACGACGAGUCUGUUGGCAUCGUGAGAGAAGAAGAGGGGGGCUUCAUGGCGCGCAUGUCUGGCGCCAUUCGCCGCACGCCGAGCCCGCAGCAAGUUUUUGAUAGUGCGAGCAGGCGCGUGGCAGCCGGCGUUGCUGCCGCUGGCGCUGCGUUCGGCGGCGCGCUGUCGGCCAUUCGGGAAGAGGAUAGAGACGAUUUCGGUGAUCAUUCGAGAUGGUCCGAGGAGGCUGCGCGCAGGCAGGUGGAAGCGCAGUCUGCGGAGAGCUCUGCCGCCGUGGGUGCGCAUACGGAUGCUUUUAAUGCUUCCCUCAAGGGCCCUUCGCAAGCACUGAAAGCCGGCGUCAAACGGAAGACUGUAGUCGUUGUUGUGUCAGCCGACUUCAUGGGCUUUAACGAUGAUGAGCACGGCCUAGAUAAUACGGACCAUCCUUCGCUGCUGUCCCAACUUCCGCCGACCAACUUUGCGACAACGAAGCUCUUUAUCCUCAUAUAUGCUCCUUCUAUUAAGCCCUUAUCCUCCUCCUCCGACCAGGUCGGCAGCAUCGGUUCCUCCUUCUCUGCCAUUAGCACGCCUUCUCAAACCACUGGCGAAGAGCUCCUCAACAUCGACCCGCAGCCAUUCAGCGACAAUGCCACGCCCAAAGCAGCCGCUACUCCAACUGUCCUCACGCCUGCCAUGACGGCGACGGACGCUGACAACGCUGUAUACGACGCUAUGAAAGCGCAGGCUUUGGAGCGCGUUGAAAAGCCCAACAUGGUAAUGCCGUUCGGCACGCCUAGCGGUCACAUACAUAUGCUGCGGCAUAUUGCGCCAGAUAUAGUCUACAUAACGGAAGACCUAGCAGGCGACAAUGGCGUACAUGUCGAGCAGAUCAAGAGCUGGGUCGGGCAAGUUAUGGUUGUGGUGGGCGCUGGGGGCAGCGGGCUUGGCGGCCUCGUGGACACAGAGGACGAGAGCGAGGGCAACAGUCCCGAGCGGAAGAAGAAGGAAAAGUGGUGGGAGACGGGGACGAUGGUGGGGCUCGGAAAGGGCGUUGAGGUCGUGGAUGGCGCUAAGAUGGUGGAUGACUUUGAGCGAAGAGUUGGCGGCAAAGAAUGAUUUUUAUUUGGGAGAUUAUUUGAGAGAUUACGGCUGGACUUGGGGUUAGGAUUGGAGGUAUGCUGCUAUGAUGUUGAUGAGGGUACGAUUUUGUUGUAUGUUUUUUGCUUAUACCAGACUUUUUGUAGGCUACUGCCAUGCCGGUUCAAGGCCCAACAUGGAAUUGGACCUGGAUUCAGCCGCCUUGAAGUAUAGAACUGAGAGUGGAUGCUGAG